UACCUAGCCAAGCACCUGGCAUUAGAUGCAAAUCAAUGUUUACCAACUAAUCAAAAGCCCUUCGGCAGGCUGAUGUUGGAAUCCCAGAACUGUGGAGAGAUGGGGGCUAGUGGAGGUUCCACUGGUCUAAAGUCAAAGUCUUGGGUUCUUGGCCUGGUCUGAUGUGACCUCUGACAAGUCUUCUUCCACCUGUGAAGUUGAAAUGGCUGCUGGCUGGGAAAGUCUCUUGCAGGAUGAGCAGCAGCUAGAGGAGCUGGCACUGCAGGCUGUCGACCGAGCCCUGGCUGAGGGAGUGUUGCUGAGGACCUCGCAGGAGCCCAGCUCCUCAGAUGUGGUGAGCUAUGCUCCAUUCACGCUCUUUCUUUUUUUUCCCUCACUGGUCCCCAGUGCCCUGCUGGAGCAGGCCUAUGCCGUGCAGAUGGACUUCAACCUGCUAGUGGAUGCUGUCAGCCAGAAUGCUGCCUUUCUGGAGCAAACCCUCUCCAGCACCAUCAAAAGGGAUGAAUUUACUGCUCGCCUCUUUGACAUCCACAAGCAAGUCCUGAAAGAGGGCAUUGCCCAGACCGUGUUCCUGGGCCUGAACCGCUCAGACUACAUGUUCCAGCACAGCGCAGAUGGCUUCCCAGCCCUGAAACAGAUUGAAAUCAACACCAUCUCUGCCAGCUUUGGGGGCCUGGCCUCUCGGACCCCAGCUGUGCACCGACAUGUUCUCAAUGUCCUGAGUAAGACCAAAGAAGCUUCCAAGAUUCUCUCCAAUAAUCCCAGUAAGGGACUGGCCCUGGGGAUCGCCAAAGCCUGGGAGCUCUACGGCUCAGCCAAUGCUCUGGUACUACUUAUUGCUCAAGAAAAAGAAAGGAAUAUAUUUGACCAGCGUGCCAUAGAAAAUGAGCUACUGGCUAGGAACAUCCACGUAAUCCGGCGAAGAUUUGAAGAUGUUUCUGAGAAGGGAUCUCUGGACCAAGACCGAAGGUUGUUUAUGGAUGGCCAGGAAGUCGCUGUGGUUUACUUCCGGGAUGGCUACAUGCCAAGUCAGUACAGUGUAAAGAACUGGGAAGCACGCCUGCUGCUGGAGAGGUCAUGUGCUGUCAAGUGCCCGGACAUUGCCACCCAGCUAGCUGGGACUAAGAAGGUGCAGCAGGAGCUAAGCAGGGUGGGCGUACUGGAAGUGUUGCUUCCUGGCCAGCCUGAGGCUGUGGCCCGCCUUCGUGCCACCUUUGCUGGCCUCUACUCACUGGACCUGGAUCAAGAGGGGGACCAGGCCAUCGCUGAGGCCCUUGCUGCCCCUAGCCAGUUUGUUCUGAAGCCUCAGAGAGAGGGUGGAGGUAACAACCUGUAUGGAGAGGAAAUGGUGCAGGCCCUGGAACGGCUAAAGGACAGUGAGGAAAGGGCCUCUUACAUCCUCAUGGAGAAGAUUGAACCUGAACCUUUUGGGAACUGCUUGCUGCGGCCUGGCAGCCCUGUCCGAGUGGUUCAGUGCAUCUCAGAACUGGGCAUCUUUGGGGUCUAUGUCAGGCAAGGAAAGACACUCGUGAUGAACAAGCACGUGGGGCAUCUACUGCGAACCAAAGCCAUUGAGCAUGCAGAUGGUGGUGUGGCAGCAGGAGUGGCUGUCCUAGACAACCCAUAUCCUGUGUGAGGGCACAGUCGGGCCAGCCCAGACCUCGCUCAAGAGACCUCCCCUCCCCUAUUGUUGUCAUUCCUCUCCUAGCCCUCCUAAAGGGCUGUCCCUCUACCUUGGGAAGGUUGGUCUCUUCUGAAGACCUCCAGGGUCUUUAUGAAAGGGUAAAUGCUGGGUACCUUCCCCCAGCUCUUCAUCUGAGGACCAGAAAAGUUGUGUUUCCCUUAAAUGAACUCUAGAGGCCUCCAAAUCCUUGAGAUUUAAGUGCAACUAAAGAGAAGUUGCUCUAAGGUCUAAAUCCUGUGACCCUCCUAUCAGCCCCUUGUCAGCCUUUUCAGCAAGUUCCAGUGCCUGAAUUGUGAUAAGGCUGAGCUGUAUGAGGAUGAGGGUAUAGGGGCAUAGCUUUUCCUCAAAUCUGCCUUAAAUAAAACUACAUUACUGAUUCAGUGA